AGAGUAGUGCUCCACUACUAAAUCAUAUUGGCCGAACUUUAAGACCAUGGAUAACACAAGACCGACAUGAAUGACUUCUGAGACUUACUCAAGUUUCUAAUUCCCCCAACAAUGGCGUCCUACACCAGGACUUGUUUGUCGCGGAUUCCACCUCUUUAUCGGUGUUCUUCUCUUUCCUCUUCCAUCCUUUUGUCUCCUUCUUUAACUCCUCCAUUCUCAGCUAUUCGUGGCUUCAAUGUAUCAGCUUCUAUUUCAACCCAAGACUCAAGCCAAUCUGCUAAUCCACAUUCCCUUAUCAAAACCACUAGACCCUUUUGGAAACCAAUGUGCUUGUACUACACUCAAGGAAAGUGUACCCUUAUGAAUGAUCCUUCCCAUUUGGAGAAGUUCAAUCACAAUUACAGUUUGCCCCCUGAAGAAAAUAUUUCUAAGUCUGAAAAUGUCCACUCACAACAUGUAGAUUUCUUUUUGGUGCUUGAUUUGGAAGGAAAAGUUGAGAUUCUUGAAUUUCCUGUUAUAAUGAUUGAUGCUAAGACAAUGCAAGUUGUUGAUGGCUUCCACAGAUUUGUGAGGCCUUCAAAAAUGAGCGAGCAAAGGAUUAAUGGAUAUAUCGCAGGAAAGUACGGGAAAUUUGGCGUUGACCGUGUUUGGCAUGAUACAGCUAUGCCAUUUAAUGAAGUCAUUCAAGAAUUUGAGGAUUGGAUUUCUAGCCAUAACUUGUGGCAAAAGGAGCUUGGUGGACCUCUAAACAGCGCUGCAUUUGUAACUUGUGGCAAUUGGGAUGUCAAAACAAAAAUUCCCGAGCAAUGUCAAGUAUGCCGCAUGAAGAUACCCCCGUAUUUUAUGGAGUGGAUUAAUGUGAAGGAUAUCUACUUGAACUUCUAUAAUAGUCCGGCUACAGGAAUGAAGACGAUGUUGAAUCAACUUAGAAUUCCACAAUUAGGAAGUCAUCACCUUGGAAUCGAUGACGCGAAGAACAUAGCAAGGGUGGUACAACGGAUGUUAGCAGACGGUGCAUUAUUGCAGAUUACCGCUAGGAGAAGCCCUGCAAAUUUCGGAAGUGUUGAAUUCCUUUUCAAAAACCGAAUUAGGUGAGUCUCGGUUGGAUUUGCUACAAGCAACUGAAAAAGUUCUCUAUGGAGAAGCACGGAGGCUUGGAAUGCUAGAUGAUGGACUCUUCACUCUCAUGACUCAUGAGGAUGUCUUGGAACUUAAUUUUAAAUUUGGAGGGGUACAUGGCAACCCCAUGUGAUGAAAGAGCAUUUUGUAUAAAUAUAUUUGGCUCAAUAUCAUGAUUAUAAGUUCUUAGAUUCGA